CGGGAAAAGGGGGCGGGGAAGAAAGCUGCCAGCCAAGCCACUCUACCUUUGCGGCGGAGGAAGGAGAUCAAAGUCCCCCCCCCCCGGGCGGAGGAGCAAGAGGCCCCUUUGCGCGAUCUUCCGCCCGCGGAACUCCGCCUCGAAGGGGCCGGAGGAGAUGGGGCGGUGAGGGCGCGCCCCCCUCGGCGGUGGAAGGAGCGGAGCCCUUGCCUUGCGGGCGGAGGGGCUCGCGCGACGGGUCCGGGCCGGCUUGGGGGGGGGUCCCUCCUCGGACGGCGCCGCGGCCGUCGGCUUGCCACAUUGUAGCCGCCGCUCGCAACUCUUGCCGCCCAGCUCCUCGGAGGCAGGGAAAGGAGGGGCCGGGCGGGGGGCUCACCCCUUUCCUCCUCCUCGUCCUGGUGCGCAGAGAGCCGGAGGGAGCCAGCCAGCUAGCCGGGCGGCCAACAUGGCUGAAAUCAGCAUCGACCAGUCCAAGCUGCCGGGAGUCAAAGAAGUAUGCCGAGAUUUUGCUGUCCUGGAGGAUCACACAUUGGCUCACAGCCUGCAAGAACAGGAAAUUGAGCACCACUUAGCAACAAAUGUCCAGCGCAACCGUUUGGUGCAAUAUGACUUGCAGAUGGCCAAGCAGCUGCAAGAGGAGGAAGACCGCAAGGCGCGAACCCGCAUCCAGGAGCGACACAAAGACAUAGAGUGGCAGGACUGUGAGAUAGCUCAGGAAAUUCAAGUCAAGCUGGUCAUUGAAGCUGAACAGCGGCGGCGGCAGGAAGAGGACGAUGAGGACAUCGCUCGAAUUCUGCAGCAGAAAGAGCUUCAGGAGGAAAAGAGGCGGAAGAAACCUCCCCCAGAGCCUUUGCGGCACGGUGCUUACGAAGAGGGUUGCUAUCCAGAAAGCAGACACCACUCGUGCGGUAGCCCCGGGGAGCAGGCUUCUGAGCAUGCUAGGCCUCACCGAGCCAAGAGCGGCGGUAGGGAGCCACGGCACCCAAGGGACCAUCAACGGGCUCCCCCUCUUGUCUCUGAGGGGCUUGACUUGGAGGUUUUGGGGAGCUCCUCUGAGGUGAGGAAGGGCAGAGAUGGCCAGAGGCAGGAGAGGGAGAGGCGGGCCAGGAAACUGGGCGGCCAGGAGACGCCACCGCCAAAGCCUUCUUUGGACAUGGAGGAUAACGAACCUCUGGACAGAGGCAACGACAGGAGCUGGGAAUACAGGGAAAGGAAGCCGGCCAGCCAUGAGAGACCUUGGAGGCCCUCUUCGCUUGUCCUGGAUGGGGAGGCCGAACAUCCUGGCGGAAGCAGCAGAAAGCAGAGAAAAGGGCAGCCGCGAAGUCGAGAGAGGCCCCAAAGUCCGCCCCCUCUUUUCGUGGACCGGGAAGACGAAGGAGCGCAUUUAGAUGGUGGCAACAGACGCCGUAAGCAUCGGGAAAGGCAGUCGCCUGGCUUAGAAAAGCCACUGAGGCCACCCCACCUAAAUGCUGAUGCAGAGGAAAGGCGAUUUGACCGGCGAUACGGCCACAGCUGUUCGCCAUGCCCAGAUCGCCGGAGGCUGCCACCCCGUGAGGACCAGCAGUCACCAAGGCCCCCUUCCUGUGAUCCCAGACUCUGUGACACAGAAGCACCCUCCCAGCGAGGCCUCAGGAGGGAUGGAGAAAGCGAGUAUGAAGGAGUGGGUGACGGGGCGAGGGCCUCUCCCUCUUUGCAUCAUGGGGAGGACUGGGAACCGCGCACAGGACGCCGUAAGAAUCCAGGAAUGAAAUCACGGGGGGUGAAAGAAGCUGUUUACCACAAAUCCCGCCCAGUAGCUGCUCAGGACCAAGAGUUUUACGAUGCUGAGAUUGCUCGGAAGUUGCAAGAGGAGGAGCUCUUGGCCAGCCAGGUGGAUAAGAGGGCCGCCCAGGUCGCCCAGGAUGAGGAAAUAGCUCGCCUGUUGCUGGCAGAGGAGAAGAAAGCAUACAAAAAAGCGAAAGAGCGAGAGAAGUCUUCUUUGGAAAAGAAAAUGCAGGAGCACGACUGGAAGCAUGACACACAUGAAUUGGUGCCCCCGAGGUCAAGGGAAGGUCAUGAAGGUCACAGAUCCAGGAGUGACAAACCAACGCGGCCUCCUCCUCCACCCUCAGAAGACUUGGAUCAUCUCUGUAAUCUUACGAGCCAGCAAAACUCAGCACAUCAAUUGUCCAAACCAGAGCCUUCUCAGAAAGGCUACCACUAUAAGCAGUAGAAAGAGCUGAACAUUUUCGCUGAUAGUGACUCUUCUGUAGCAAACUUUUCUGGUGUUCUUCCUGGAGAUCUUCUGAGUUCCUGCUAGCCUCUAAGGACCUUCUGGGAUGGCAUCCUUCCCAAGCAUCACAGUGCCCACAAUCAGUGCCUCCUGUUCAGUCUGUUGGGUGUUUCUCGUUGAGUCUUGAUCUCUUGGGCAGGGCAGUUAAAUCUUGCUUGAGGACAGCUUUAUCCCCCCCCCCGAAAUGUCUUCUCUUCCAUAGUUAAGUUUUGGCUUUAUGCCAUUGACAUUAUCUUUGUCACCACACCUCAAAAAUGACGUUGUAGGGCUUGGAAAAGGGCAACCAAAAUUAUCAAGGUGACGUAGCCAUUGUCAUGCUCUGUGCUAGGUGCUGUAUGAUGUUGAAUUGCAUCUUUAUUCUUUUAUUUCUCAGACUGUGUUUUAUUGGAAAGUUCAAAUUGUAAUAUAAUAAAAUACAAUACGAGAAGUAAAAGAAGCCAUUAAAAACACAAUUACAAAAUAAAUAUCAGUAUUUAAAGUGAACAUGCCGGAAGCUCACGGACCACAGUUCAGGAACCGCUGGUUUGGUGCAUGCUGUCUGCUGCACCAUAGAAAAGCCUCGUACUGCCCUAAUUUCCUCGCUCCCCAUAUAUUUUCAAACUUGCCUCGAUUUCACUGCCUUGCCCUCCUGCCCUUCUAAUCUUUACUUUUUCUUUGGGUCUGCCGUUGAGAAGUGUUAACUCUCUAUUCCAACAAAAUAUGCACAAAAGUACUUUUCUUUCUGUUUUUUCAAUCUCCUCCAGUGCCAUGUUCGGUGGUUUGAUUUUUUUUAUAUAUGGUUUAUUUUUAUAUGACAUAGAAUAGUCAACAGUUUGUUUGUUUUUACUCAUGAAGGUGCCAUUUCCCACCUUCUACCAUAUUGAUGUAUCUCAUCAAACCUGUAUUUUAUUAUUAGAUAAUAACAAUGUGGUUUUAGGUGCCAAAAGCUUGCCUGUCUAUACCCAGCUGGGGUCUCUUUCUCCGCUGCUCUGUCUUGUCAGUUGCGCUCGUGCAGCAUCUGUCUAAGAAAUUCUCUCUGGUGGGGCCGCUCCUCCACUUCCCUUGCACUGGUGAGCAGGCCACAAGUCUCUCUACGCUCAGGAAGGGGAAAGGAAAUGGAGACGCACUUAAAUCAUGAAUUUUUUUUUUUCCUGAUCAGGCAUCAGGAUCAAGGCAGGGAGAAACUGCCCACCAGGGGGCAGGAUUUUGGACCUGGAAACUCUUCCUCCUGUUCUUUGUCCCCAGAUUACUUGCUGGUGUCCCCAAAUGUCAGGAAAUUCUGGGGACUAGGUUUGGGGGCAAAGCCUCUUCCUUGUUAGGGGUGCAGUCAUGCCCUGGACUGUAAGCACAUUUGUGUCUAAGGCAUCUCCUAGACCAGCUUUUCCCGACUAGUGGGCCACCAGAUGUUGUUGGACCACAACUCCCAUCAGCCUCAGCCAGCAUUGCCAAUGGUCAGGAAAGAUGGGAAUUGUGGUCCAACUACAUCUGGUGGCCCACUAGUUGGGAAAGGCUGUCCUAGAUACUUCAUGAGUAGGUGCUGAGAAAGGGUGGGAUGAUUUCCUGCACAUGCCCCAUUGAAAUGGGGUGCUCUUGCAUAGCUUGUGGUCAUUUCAGUGUGGAUUGCACAGGAGACCUUCCCAGUGAAUUAUUCCCAACCAGUUCUCCCUAGCAAGCAAAACUGGUUUAUCCAAAGGGCUGAACAGCCAGUGCUUAUUUUUGUUCCGUUAUGAGCCCCUUCUGUGAAACCAUUUCUGUGUGACUCCCACCCACGGAGGUUGGGGUGGUGAUGGAGGAAAUAUUGGUCAGCUGAAUCCACCCUGUGCUUGCCACAGCCUGUAAACUGAGGAGCAGAAGGGCAGAUCUGCUGGGGACAUUGAUCUUUGAGAAUCACCUCUCUGGAAAUUACUCCCAGAAUCUGUCAAGGAGGAAAUGGUAGGCUUUUGCCAGAAAUUAAACUGGCACCCAGAAUAUUCUGCUUCCCAUUCCCAAUAAAGCACUUCUGACUAAUGCCAGGGGAUAGGGAUUGCCCAGUUACUCUCUACAACCCUUUCUCAAGGAUGUUUCCUAAGGCAAAAGUGUAGGCCACCCUGUGAGUCCAAUAACUCUUCUCCCCCUGCCUGCCAUCAUCUGUCAGCAUACGAAGCUGCCUUUACAUUGACUCAGACCAUUGGUCCAUCCAUUCCAGUACUGUCUGUUCUGACUGGUGUAGAAUAUUUUGUGACAUUUUGUAUAAUCUCACAGGGUUAGCACUCUGGAUUUGAAUCGAGCAAUGCGAGUGCAAAUCUCGGUGGGGCCUCCAAUUAUGUAAGACUUUGUGUGCCUCUGCGACAGGGCAGAAAAUAUGAGUAGGAAAAAAAUGACUCCAAUAAAUAAAUUUAUAAAAGUAAACCAUUUUAUAAAAAACCUCUCAAAAAAGUUGUAUGUAAUGGGGGGUUCCAUCGAGAUUUGACGGCUAGAUUCAGAGUCCAGAGAUUAUAAAAUAUCUGGAAAAGGCCCAUACGGGCACCACUGAGCAUCCAAGCACUGCAGCUUUCAUGUUUAAAUAACUUACAUGCAACUUGAAAGCUAGUCACCCCACAGACACAGUUUGUUCAAUAAAAAGGUGUCAUUUGACCCCUCCUGGUUCUGGUCUGCCUGCACUUUAUUUGCCCCACAAGACUUCAGAACGUCAGGAAAAUGGAAGCAGGUGGAUGGUCCUGUUUUGGGAGGGACUAUAUCACUGUCCCUCUGGAUCAAAGCACAGUGUUCUGGUGCUCUUUGAGGAAGAAGCAAGUGGGGAGACUAGCGAAAAAAAGCCACUGUGCCUUAAGCCAAGAAUCACCCAACGUGGUCCCAGUCCUGGCUGAGGUCUGCUUGCUGCAAAAGGCCUAAGGCCUCCUGGCCUUGAAAGGCAUCUGAUCAGUGAUGUCCUGCUUCCUCUGAGAAAAAUGUUGACUGCAUUGGGGAAGGUGCAUUUUCAUUUUCCUUGGCUUAGCAAUAGAGACAGAAACAUGCAGCUCUUCACUACGAAUAGAUCAUUUGUGUGUGCUGCAUUGCACUGGCCCUUCUCUGUAAAGAUGGGAAGUGGAUUGAUUGAUCUAGCACUUGCAACUAUUUCUUUUUAUUUAAAAAGGGGGCGGGGACUUGGAUCUUGCCUUCCAUGCCAAAAUUGUCACAGCUGGGAAUGGAAGUACCUCAAGAUGCUGGCUCAGCUCUUCUCAGUCCAUCUGUGUGGUUUUCCUGUAGUCCCUCUUUAAUGAUAAACUUCUCCAAUGGUUCCCAUAUAUUGACUAACUUGUAUGGAAACAACAGAUUUCCACUCUUUACUUCAUGAGAAGGUGCAUGUUCCUUGCAGGGAAGGGUGUUUGUAAAACCUCUGAGAAAAAGUAUCCCCUUGUAUGGGCAGAAGCCUAACAUAAUGCUUGGUCUGCAAGCCCAGCGGCUGCCCAACUCCCCUGUAGACCCAUACCAAGGGUUCAUGCCAAGGUAUCUUGGUUACCUUUGUGCUAUGGGUGCACUGUCUCAAUAUCCUGCACUGCUAUUCCUGAAGCGCCAAAUCUCAUGCUUCAUCAACCUCCUAGUAAAGGUUGCCAAAGCUUUUCUAAGCAACUUGCUCUUCUGCCAAAACUAUGUAUGCUUAGGACUUUUAUGUCUAAUCCAGGGAUCACCCUCCUUUUUAGGCCUGUAGGCACAUUUGGAUUUUUGAGUGAAUGCCGUGGGUACCAUCCCCUCUGGUCACUGAUAACCCCCUCUGUGAGUCAGCUUCCUCCCACAGAGGAACCAAAAAAGAAAGUACACGCACACACAGGUUUUCCAAGCAAUCUGGAUAAAAGUUGGAGGCAUUAAUCAUCUGAUCCUUGAAAAGGACAUAGAGCUGAAAGAGGACAUAGGAAAGAGUGUCACUUUUCCAACUUCCUUUAGCUCUACAUCAUGCCAAGGGUCCUGGGAAUAGGGUGGUUGUGGUCAGAGACCUGGCAGGCACCAGGGAAAGACCUCGAGGAUGUCAUUACACCCACAGGCACCACACUGAUGUCUCUCCUCUAAUCUCCCCCCUUAAUCUUGUCUAGUUUUUAUAAAGUGGUUGUCAGUUAUCAGACUUGCGCUUAAAUGACUGAAAAUGGUCAACAAUUCCCCAUCCUUUUGUUUCUUGAUUAAUGGCACUGAGUUAUUCAGUUCUUGAGCUUUUAGCAUUCUGAGAAUGGCACCUUCCCUAUAUCUUUCUCCUCCUCAGCUUGUCAACACCCCUCAUAGUGUGUUGCUCAGAAACUGAACGUGGCAUCCUCAUAGCACCUCUCUGCCAGUGCGUUGCCAGGACUGCUGCAGAACAUGUCUCAGUGCAAAGUGAUUUUAUGGCCCUAACCACUCCUGGGGGGAAAUGGCUGGAAAGUGGAGAGCCUUUUCUCUCUGUAUGGCGGUGGUUCUACUUCUCAGAGGUGGGACAGAGAGAGAGAGAGAGGCAGCCAGAGCUCAACCCUUGCCAGAGUGAUGGUGCGAGAAAGUACUGGGAGUGGAAGGGACCGGCUGCUUUUUUGAAGAAAGAGCCGUUGACUGGGGCUCUUUGGGCCGUCUUCCUAAGGUCCUCAGUGAUAAGGCCCCAGGCUAAGCAGCGGCACCUGCCAGCUUUGUGUGGUCCAUUAUUUGAUGCUCCUCUUCUGUCUGACCAUCCUGUGAAAGGUGACUUGCAACCCACACAGGGUGCCCUCUUUAAGUUGUUCUCUGCACAGAGCUGUGGAUAGGGGAUCCUAUGCACUUCCAACCUGUGGGAUUCUAGUCUGCGCCACCUAUAGCAGGACCUUCACAAGCCCUUCUGAGCUUAUCUCUUGUUCCUCCAAGUACCACUUUUUUGUGGGAGGAGGUAUUAACCAUCAUGUGGACUGGAUGAAGGGGAUGCACUAUUUUUUCCAGCUGAACUGCACACUUUCAGCUGAGCAAGUUCUCUUGCUGUGUUCUCCCAUGGCCCAUGGGAUAUCUUGGCAGUCAAUGUGCAUCCCUCCACUGUGGGUUUUUUGGGGGGGGAGGGGAUGUCAAUGUAAUCACUGACUUGAGCUUCCACACCACAGCUUGCAAAUACAGUAGGUGCUGUUUCCCGUGAAGGCUUUGGAGCACUUAAUUUGGACUGUACCCCACAUCCAUCCCUCAGGGAACUUUGUCACUUUGCUUCACACAGGGACGUAGUUGUGGAGCUAUAGUUGGGGGUUAAGGGAAUCCUUUCCUUUUUGGGUGAUGUCUCCUGACCUGGGGUGAUUGAUCCCCAUUUUUCUUAGGAUUAUGUGGAGCGCAGUGGGAGGCAUUGCCUCAAUGCUCAGCCCCUGAACCUCUGCACCAUCAGGACAGUUGGAGCUCCUGUGCAGAGCCUCCUGGCUGGGGACAAUCUCACCCUGCAAAUUUUGCAAACACAAAAGUUCCAUGUCUCCCCCAGCAAAAAGCCACAGCAGGCUGACUUCUGACUGGCACAUGAAUCCCCACAGGUAGCAAGCAGCGUUGUUGCCCCCAGUUUUAAGUGGAGGGUAGCUGCCUGCUUGCCAGCUUCUCCUACAGUCCCCUGGCAGUGAAUUCCACCUGGGUGCCUGCACCUGUAUUUGUGGCCUGUAGAACGUGCCCUCGGCUGCCCCCUCAGAGGAACAACUGGCUGUUGUCUUCAGGGCUGAGUGGUUCAGUGUAGCAUGUGGGGAUUUGGCUUGCAAGAGCGAAAGCUUCCAAAGAGUGACCUUCCCCUCCCUUUCCAAGAGCUUUCAGCUUGCCCUAAGGUUGCUUCCACACUAGGACCCCUGCAAUUUCCCCCCAGUCAACUGGAAGAGGAAUCAAAAUGGCAGCUCCACAAUGCACUUGAUAGAGCGCCACUUCCCCCUCUUCAGAAAAUAAAAAUCUGGCAAAGCACAGCCUCCCAGGAAGAGCUGAAGAUGCUAUUUACUGAAAAGUGAGCCUUAUUCUGUGAAGGUCCCACCUCUUCCUGCAACUGUCCCUUUUUCAUUAGUGGCUUCCUCUUACCCCCUUUCUUUUUAAAGCUGCUGCCCUGUUCCUGGCUUUUUCAUUGGUUUUGUUUUGUUCACUCGUGGCCAUAAGCAUUCCUGAGUUGGACCUUAACAAAUUAGUUCCUAUUUCCUGCAGGUUGGCUGCGCUUGUUAUUACUGGUUUCCUCUUUACAGUGAGAGCAAGGAGUUCAUUCGUUUUUAUUUUAUUGGUUGCAGUUGCAGUUGCAGUUACUCAAUUGCCUGAAAACUGAGUGAACAAAUCAUGUCCAUUCUGAAGAAAACAGUUAGUGUGGAAGCAACCUAUUGUGGGUGCGGCUGUGUUUCCCUUGUAAAUGUAAAUUGCACACUUGGAACACAAUCCAUCUAUGCAAUAAUCUGGCUUGGCUUGGCUUUAUUGCUCAGCCUGCCCUACCUCCCGUGGCUAAUGCUAUUUCCAACUGGGUGUUGGGAAUUCUCUGUUUUGCCAAUGCCACUCUGAAUGUAAAGGAAACUCGAAACACCCCCCCCAGUCUUUCUCUUUCCUAAUGGAAUUGUAAAUUUAUUGUUUCUUUAGUUUUUAAAGCAGGAUUUGAGAAGUCAAACCAGAUUUUUUUUUCCUGGGAUGGAGGGGGUCAAAAAGAAUAAUUUGGGAAAUUGGGAGUAGGGAAUACAUUCUUGGAAUGAGGAGGCAGGUUGUUUUACAAUAAUGUUCAAAGGUGGAAUGUUUGGGGGCCAUAAGUCUUUGAAGCACAUGUUAAAAGUUUGGAUCUUUCCAACAUAUUUUUAACAAGACAGUAAAGUGCCCUACCGAUGCCCUCACAGUGGCUGUUUUACUUUACGACAUACUGUGCAGCUGGAGCUUUUCAUCCUUAUUGGAAUCAGUGUUAAAAUCUAGAUACUUCAUAAAUGCCAAGACUGAGACCACACAACAACUAUACCCCAGAGAUGUGCACAUACAAGACAUCUGGAUGUUCAUCAAGCCGUUUUGCCUUUUCACACAUUUUUUUCCGAAGCUCCCAAUCAGAGGUUUGAAACCAGUUUGCUACCUGGCAGACAGGUUGGCGUGAGGGCUGUGUGUUGCUGGAGAGUAAAUGGUUUGGUGUAGAUUUCUUCUCUGGAUCAUGCCCACUGCCUUUGUUGGUCUCAAGUAAUUGUAGAACCUGUUUGCACAAUUGUGGUUGUGGUACUGCAUCGGCCACAGUGAGCUUACGCUGAAGUUGCCAGGGGAUUGUUACUUUGGGUACAGAGUCCGGUCUGUCCCCUCCCCCAGCACUGGGGUGCUUUACUCUCCAGCACAAUGACUUUUUGAGAUUUUUGCACAGUCCAAAGCCCAUGUGCGUAUUGAAACAAACCAGGAUGUGCCUGCAGCAAAGUAGCCCAAUAAACUAUUGUCCAUAUGCCUCUGCACUUGCCUGUGUACCUCUGAUGCACAUUUCAGUGGGCUUCCAGAGCUGUCUGAAUGAAACUUUUCCAGUUCAACCAAGUACCACAGAUCUCUUCAUUUCUUCCCCCUCACAUCCAUGGGGUAUGUGUGUUUUCCUCUUGUUGCUUCUCCUGCUAGCCUCACCAGUUGCUGUCUACGCAGGAGUCAGCUUGGCAGGGCCUCCAGACUAUCCUGGCCUUUGCUUUUGUGCUUUGCUGUUGUACCAAUGACUGACCUGUGUUCUUACAAUCUAUUAGAAGUAGCAAAAUAGACCAGCCUUCACCAAGCUGGUGUUCUUCCAGAUGUUUUGGACUACUGCUCCCAUCAGCCAACUGUGCCAGCUGGGAGUGAUGGGAAUUGUAGUCCUAAACAUCUGGAAGGCAAACAGCUUGAUGAAGGCUAGUGUAGACUUUACGUUUGACUAUAUAUUAUGAGAGACUAGAAAGAGCUCUGUAAUGAUGGGACAGGAUUCUCUGUUUCUUUUCCUCGAGAUGGCAAUGUUGGAACAACAUUAAAAGAAUUGGCAUUUA